AUGUGUCCUGUGUCUCAUCGGUGCUCAUGUGUCCUGUGUCUCAUCGGUGCUCAUGUGUCCUGUGUCUCAUCGGUGCUCAUGUGUCCUGUGUCUCAUCGGUGUUCAUGUGUCCUGUGUCUCAUCGGUGCUCAUGAGUCCUGUGUCUCAUCGGUGCUCAUGUGUCCUGUGUGUCAUCGGUGCUCAUGUGUCCUGUGUCUCAUCGGUGCUCAUGUGUCCUGUGUCUCAUCGGUUCUCAUGUGUCCUGUGUCUCAUCGGUGCUCAUGUGUCCUGUGUCUCAUCGGUGCUCAUGUGUCCUGUGUCUCAUCGGUGCUCAUGUGUCCUGUGUCUCAUCGGUGCUCAUGUGUCCUGUGUGUCAUCGGUGCUCAUGUGUCCUGUGUCUCAUCGGUGCUCAUGUGUCCUGUGUCUCACCGCUGCUCCUGUGUCUCAUCGGUGCUCAUGUGUCCUGUGUCUCAUCGGUGCUCAUGUGUCCUGUGUGUCAUCGGUGCUCAUGUGUCCUGUGUCUCAUCGGUGCUCAUGUGUCCUGUGUCUCACCGCUGCUCCUGUGUCUCAUCGGUGCUCAUGUGUCCUGUGUCUCAUCGGUGCUCAUGUGUCCUGUGUCUCAUCGGUGCUCAUGUGUCCUGUGUGUCAUCGGUGCUCAUGUGUCCUGUGUCUCAUCGGUGCUCAUGA